AUGUCAAAGCUGAUACAAAGCACCGAAAAUCAGUUUGGAUAUGUUUUUGGGAGGAUUCACUUCAUACGUUCAAGCAGGAGACAUUUGUUUGAAGAUGACCUGUCAUCAUUGAUUAAGGCCUGGAAGAAAUCUGGCAAUAAUGAGCGAGCUCGCGACAGGAAAUCUAGAUCUUCAAAAGGCGAAAUAGCUUGUGAUUGGGCCAACUUGGUUGGCGGAAUGUUCCCAGAUUGCAAUUUAGAAACCAUUGCCUAUCGUGACGAUUUGAGGUAUGACAUAUUAAUUGGCAUAAUGUUUAUGGGUCGCAAUUCAGAGGACUCUGGAUAA